AUCGCGGCGGCCGGCGCCUAGUUGUUUUGACGUCGCAUCGUCGCCCACGUGCGCCCGCCACCGCACCGCAGUCUGCCGGCGGCGUCGUCCGCGCCACACGUUCAUUGACGCUUGGAUUCAGUGAGACCGUUUGCGAAAUGUUAACAACACCCAAGCUUUCACCGAGCUUUGUGUACGAAUUUGCCGGAAUUGUUAGUGUUGUGUGAGCAGUUUCAACAUGAAGAACGAAGAUUCCGGUAGUGGUUAUGGGAAAGGCGGGCGCGGUGUCAGGCCAUCGCGGCUGCUCAUGGACAGCGUGUCUUCCGACGAGGGUCCUGAGACAGAGCGUCUAUUGAACUCGCAGCUGCAGUCCGUGGUGGUGACUGCCGGCAGACGUCGACAAUCCCUCACGGCGCCCCCGUCCCCGACUGAUUCGCGAAAGAAACGAGAUCAUAACCAUCGCCAGCACAACUAUAUGAAUCAUCUACAUCACCUUAUCCACUGGCGGGACAUCUGGACUGGAGAGCCGCACAAACCUCAGGAGAGUCUUCACCGCAGCGAGUCGAUGAUUUCGCUCGCGUGCUUCAGGACCCUCUACCAGUUGGUGCACAAUGAGAAUACCGAUGAACUGCAGCAGUACCUCGUCAACAACAAAAAUGCCAAUAUCGACGAUAGAGAUGAGAAUGGCACAACGGUACUUAUGUGUGCAGCCGAAACCGGUCGCAUUGCAGCGCUGCGAUUGUUGCUGGGCGCGGGCGCAGACGCGUGCGCAGCCGAUGCGGACGGAUGGACGCCCCUGGCCUUCGCCGCCCGUGGCGGUCAUCUCAACGUCGCUAAAGAACUCUUGGAUGCUGGCGCGCGAGUAGACUCUAGAGACUGUGGAGGAUGGACGCCUCUGAUGUGGGCCUCGUACAAGGGGCACGAGGAUGUGGUGGCCCUGCUGCUGGAGAAAGGCGCCGAUGUGCAUGCGCACGGCAACUACAACAUCAAUUCUCUGGUGUGGGCGGCGGGGCGCAAGCACAGCGGCGUGGUGUUGCGCCUGCUGGCGGCGGGCGCGCGCGCCAACUCGUGCGACAAGUACGCCACCUCCGCGCUCACGUGGGCCGCGCGCGCCGGCGACACCGCCGCCUGCGCCGCGCUGCUGCGCGCCGGCGCCGACCCCAACACCGCCGGCAUGUACUGCUGGACGCCGCUGCUGCAGGCCACGCAGGGUAACCACUUCGAGAUCGUCCAAAUGUUGUUGGAACACAAGCCGAACGUAAACGCGUUGGACAAGGACGGUUAUACUGCGUUGGCCAUCGCUUGCAAGGAGGGUUACUAUGACAUCGCUUUAGCCCUUAUCAACUCCGGCGCUUACAUCAAUGUGCAGGACCACUCAAAAGACACACCAUUAAUACACGCAGUGAAAGGAGGACACAAGAACAUUGUGGAAGCCUUGCUGAAGAAGCACGUGGAUGUAGACUUGCCGGGCAAGGAGAAGAAGACUCCCGUGUAUACCGCUGUGGAGAAGGGCCAUGUGGCCAUGUUGAAACUGCUGCUCGCCUCCAACCCUGACCUGGAACACUGUACUGUUAGUGGGGACACUCCAUUGCUAAGGGCUGUAAGAUCGCGCAACGCGGAGAUGGUGCAGUUGUUGUUGGAGAGGAAGGCGCGCGUGAACGUGACCGACAAUCGCGGCGACACCGCGCUGCACAUCGCCAUGCGGGCUCGCUCUAAGCAAAUAGUCGAAAUACUCCUCAGAAAUCCAAAGAAUAGUCAAUUGCUAUACAAACCGAACAAGAACAAAGAGACGCCGUACAACAUAGACAUGAGCUACAAUAAGACAAUAUUGGGCCAAAUAUUCGGAGCGCGCAAACUGAACACCAACGAGGACAACGAGAACAUGCUCGGGUACGAGCUCUACAGCGCCGCGCUCGCAGACAUGCUGUCCGAGCCCAGUCUGUCCGUGCCCAUCACUGUGGGGCUCUACGCGAGGUGGGGCUCGGGCAAGUCCUUCUUGCUCAAUAAGUUGAAAGAGGAGAUGAAGAACUUCGCGCGGCAGUGGAGCUCGUCGGGCUGGGCGUGGUCGUGGGCGGUGUGGUGGGGCGCGUGGCACGCGGCGCUGGGCGCGGGCGCGCUGGCGGCGCUGGCGGGCGCGGCGCCGCACGUGGCCGUGCUGGUGUGCGGCGUGCUGUUCGCCGCCAUCUACCUGGCGCUCUACCUGCUCUGGUACACCGGCAACAAAUACGAAUGGUGGUGGGCGGGCGGUGUGCUGUCGGCUCUCGGACGCAGGUUCAGCUCGCUGCUGCUGGUGCUGCAGGUGGUGUUCUGUCACCCGCCCGGGCCCAAUGAUCCGCGCGCUUUACCUGCCACUCCUAUACGGUUUCACUUCACGGAGGGCAUGAAGAGCAGCGGCGGGCAAGAGGGUGAGGCGAUGGUGGUGCAGAUGAUCGCGAGCUUGGCGGAGGCGCUCGAGUGCCAGUACGGACGUGUGUGCACUCGACUCGCGCGCGCCUUCCGUCCCAAACCUGUAUCCGCCACUUCGGGGUGGAAGUGGCGGCGCGUAUGUUGCAUUCCACAUAUAAUAACGUUCGAGGUGUGUUUCACGUUGAUCCUCAUCGGUUUCUGUGUGCUCAUAAUGUACCUGACUGAUUCCGAAAAAGACCAACAACGCCGCGAGAUCCAACAGGCGCUGAUGUUGGUGGCGGCGUGCGUGCUGGGCGCGGCGCUGCUCGGCAACGUGCGCACGUGCGCGCGCACCGCCGCCGCGCUCGCGCUGGCGCCGCGCUCCCGCCUGGCGCGCGCGCGCCGCACCGCCGCGCCCGCGCUCGCGCUGCGCCCCGAGGUGCAGGCGCUCACGCACACGGUGUCGUGUUUAGACGCAUUUACGGGCCAGCAGACACGCUUGGUGGUGGUGGUCGACGCCCUGGACAGCUGCGAACAAGAGAAAGUUCUCGCGCUACUGAACGCUGUGCACGCGCUCUGCUCCGACCCCAAGAGCCCUUUCAUCCUUCUACUAGCCAUAGACCCACACAUCAUCAGCAAGGCUGUGGAGAUCAACAGUCGUCGUUCGUUCUCGGAGAGCAACAUAGGCGGUUGGGACUACUUGCGCAACAUGGUGCAACUGCCGUUCUACCUGCAGAACUCGGCACUGCGCAGGGUGAAGGUCGCGCAGCAGACGGCAGCGAAACGGAUGCAGAUCAUUGCCGCCGAUGAGUUCUCGGCUUCCCUGCAGAGAUCGGUAUCUGCCCGACGGCUGUCGUCAACAUCGGAGCUCAUGUCGAGUCAGGAGCGCAUCAAAGGCGGAGUAUCUGGCGUGGCGGGAGUGUCGGGAGUGUCUGGCGUGGCGGGAGUGUCGGGCGGCAGUGCAGCGGCGGCGCGUGCGCGGCGCCUGCGCCCGUCGGAGUCUGUGGCGUCGUCCGUGGCGUCCAACCUGCACCGCGCCGCCGCGCCGCCGCCCGGCGCCGCCGACCUCGGCCGCGUGCUGCUCACCGACGACUACUUCAGCGACGUCAACCCGCGCAGCAUGCGGCGACUCAUGAACGUACUGUACAUCACUGGUCGAUUAUUAAAAGCGUUCCAAAUCGAGUUCAACUGGUACCAGCUGGCGUCGUGGGUCAACCUAACUGAGCAGUGGCCGUUCCGCACCUCGUGGAUCAUCUACCAUCACGAGACUUACGAGGAACACAUCGACGACUCCACCUCGCUCAAACAUAUCUAUGAAAAGGUGAAACCCCUAAUGGGCGGACUCCGUGAGGCGAACACACUUAUGGAGCUAGAUCGCGACGAGCGCAAGUUAGAAGUGUUCCUGAGCUUUCACAGAACUACGCUCACCGCUGCUGAUCUCAAAAUCUUUCUGCCGUUCACCAUCAACCUGGACCCUUACAUUAAGAAAGUUAUCAAAGAAGAACAACUCCAGUCUGGGGCCGAAGAAGAGAUGGGCGCGUCUGGUGCGGCGCCGGGCAUGAUGUGGGGAGCCGCGCCCAACAUGCGACAACCACACUCCAAACUCUUCCACAGGAAACAUCGAUCGUCUCCGCCGAAUCAGGUGGCGUCGGUGUCUCCGGCGGUGAACCCUGUGUGGGUGGGGUGGGCGGAGGCGCCGGGCUUCGCGCCGCACGCGGUGCCGCACGUGCAACACUUCGGACAGCCGCCGCAACCCACGCCCGCCGUCAACCCACUGCACAUGCUCAAGACAGCUUUUCCUGGUUUGAGCUCGGUGUGCGAGGUGUCGUCGCUGCGGCUGUCGCAGCUGUCAGUGGAGCGCGUGUGCGCAGUGUGCCGCGCGGCGCUGGGCGCGGGCGGCGCGGCGGCUGCGCAGGCGCUGCUGCUGCACCGCGUGUGCGGGCUCGCGCUCGCCGCCUGUCGCUUGCAGGAUCUCGAGCCGAUAUUACAAUUGCCAUUCGGCGACUGGGAACUGUUUAAAUUGCUCAUCAUUAAUUUACGUGAACUCGAAGCGACCAUGCCGCCCCACACUCCAGCCGUAACUGUAGUACCCGAGAAACCAACGGAAGUGGAAACGGAUACCGCCAAACCAAAGCCUUCAGUGGACCACCAACGCAGUCGGCCUUCUAACGUGGAGAAACAGGUGACACUGGAGGAGCAGAUGAUUUGCGGUGCGCUGCAGACGCUCAACGAGGAGGCGCUGGAGGACGUGCUGCAGGCCGAGCCCCCCUCCCACCCAGACGAGGAGAGCUCGCUGCGCCUGCCCGCGCCCACAGACUCGCCCGCCGCCCUCGCCAGCGCCUGCGCCUCCCCCGCCGGCAGCCCUCGCGCCCUCCGACGCGACCCCUCCAUCCUCAAACGCGGCGGCAGCUUCCGCACGCGCCGCGCCCUGCCCGACCCACCCGCCGUCACCUUCAGCGUCGAGAACGAGGACGACUCCGACGACGGCCAGAUCACGUUCAGUGCCCGUCCGCGCCCCGUCGCCGUCUACCGCUCGCGCCCCUCCUCGCUGCUGGUGGCACCCGAAGAGGCGCCCACCGCUGCGCCACUGUCGGUGCGUUCACGCUCCGUCGAAGACUCUGCGGUACCGUUUGAACCCGCCGUCGACCCGAAGUUACGCGGACUGAGGCGCACUGCCGAGAUACUGCGCAAGGUAAGCUCCGCCGAGCGUUUGUCACGGCUGCGCGAGAUAAUGUCGCGCGGCAGCGGCUCGCGAGAGCGCACUCCGCCGCGCUCCGAGGUGCAGAGCGACGACGAGUCGGCGCCGCUGGUGUCGCCGCCGGAGCCGCGCGGGCCGGCCGAGGCGCCGCGCCCCGCCGCCCGCAGCCCGCCCGACGGCACGGCGGCCGGCGACGCGUCGCCGAGCUCGGCCGUCACGGACCUGGAGUCGCCGCGCACGGCCGAGACCGACUUCGAUCUGUUGCCGGAGGGCAAGGGCGGCGACGACAGGACGGCGUCGCGCAGUCCCCUGGAGCGCGCCGGCAGCUCGGCGUCCGUGUCCAACAUGGUGGAGCCCUACAACAUGCGCCUGCUGGCGCGCGGCGCGUCGGAGAGCGCGCGCACGCUGUGGCGCCAGGACGCGCUGGACCCGGGCCCGCCCUGGCCCUGGGACGACCCCGACUCCGCUGUGUGAUUCGGUCACCGGCGAAGAAUGUCAUUAAUAUCAAUGCUCAAUCGGACUAAACUUCUGUUGCCGAGAGCAAAUAAUAUCGUGUCGCCUGGUGAACGGUCCACGGAUAACUUGACCACAUCCGCAUCAAGACAACAAAAACAGAUGACAACGAUAUCCGGGUUCAUGAAUUAGAUGUAGUUUCUGUUGAAUUGAGCCUAAAAUCGAGUACUUAAUAUUGCAAAAAGAAGACAUGAAUUUAUGUUGCAUUUAAUGUAAUCUUACCCAAAAUUGUGAUAUGUAGUACCUAGAUACAAAAAUAAAUAUGUUCCAAAGCA